AGUGCUCAACUAAAAUAUAUGCGAAAAACGAAUUUAUUAUACCUGUUUUCGAAAAUGACGUUCAAUUCCAGUAGAUUCCUGCUUUUUCUGAAUUAUUUACUGCAUUACAAGUCCUCUUUUUUGUUGAUUCAAGGAUUUAUCAGGGGUACGUAGUAUAUGUAUAGCAAAAACAAUGAGUAAAUGGAAGAAUUAAGAAAUAAAUACUAAAAAAGGGUCAAAACGAUUUCGUCUUAAUAUGGAGGAACGAAAACAAGAAGUAACGGAUUUGCAUUUAAAGAGCAUAUAAUACUAUUCUAAAUUUUUUGUAAAUGAUGAACUUGUACCAUAUACCUAAUUUGAGUAGAUCGUAGCUGACUUUGUUAGGAAUAAAUUAUCCAAAAAUGCCUUGACUUGUUUUGAUAUCCAGCUGUACAAAUGACCAAAACAUAACUAAUGUAAAAUCAAUUUGGUCGCAUUCAACAAACUAAUGCUCUAAUUCAAAAUGUAUUGACCUCAUAAAAUAUGUGUAACACGUGAUUUCGCAGAAUUCAUUUGCAACAAAAAUUACCAGUUAUUCGUAGAAAUUAAACAGACUGUAGGUACGCGAACUUGGUACUAUCGAGUAGCCACAUUCUAAUGCAGAAGCAAGUCUUAUCGGGAUUCAUAUGCUAAAGAAUUGAAUGGUAACUUAUCGACAUUAACGAUUGUAUCAUAAAAGUACACGAUUUCUGCUGACAGCUGACUGACGUAGCGAUAAAAAUGUUCUAACCCUUUCUAUUUCUUAUGUUAGAUAGUGACAGUCAAUCCAUUAUUAUGAACUGGACACAAUAGCAACGUCUUCACUCGUUGCAAGCAAAAAAUACUGUUAAUUAUGUGAAUCACCGAUCAAUACUUUAACCCACUUGGCCCCUUGAAGCUGUAAAAGAUAUUGUUCAGAACUGGUUCUUUUUAAUAGGUACUGUUUACUCUAUGUUGGUACUAAGAAAUGACGCUCGAUUAUGUAACCCGUCUCAGAUUAUCUAUUUACUACUCAAUGAACGAUUCCGAACGAAGUUCACGGCUUUUUAUUGUUUUCCUUACCAUGGGAAUAUCUUUGAUGAAAGUAAACUGUCACGGCACGUAAUUUGAGUUGCGUUUCAGUCUACAAUGAUUUACUAGGUAUCACCAUGUGCUCAUCAGUCGCUAACUUUCCCUAGCUAGACCAUUUCCAAUUACAUCUUUCUAGUCAAUGUCCUUCGCACACAAGUGUCAGGCUGCAUUUUUCCCACUGUACUUGGAUUCCACAAACUUACGCUCCUUUUCGCAGUUUUUUCCACUGUACUUGGAUGCCACAAACUUACGUUCCUUUUCUCAGUUUUUUCCACCUCUCCCGGGACAUCACUCUCCCUCAAUUCUCAAUCAGCAAACCAAUUGCUGGUGAUUCCUCGACUCAGAAGAACGUGUGUACCGAAGCUCUUUUGGACAACAAUAUAAAUGCUUUUAACCUAACUUAUACAUCAGCUGGAUCCCCUUAAUUACUGUGCAGUACGUUCAUGUGAGAUUCGGUGUUUGUAUCACCGUAGACGAGGAUUCGGGUGAAGAAAAACAGACUUUGGUCCUUCCUCCGAAGGUCCUUAACCUUUGUUCCUAAAUUUUUCCACCUCGACACGUUUUCGACAGGACUGUACACCUGACACAUCCUUAGAAAGAAGAUCACUCGUGUCGUCAGGCAAGAUGACGAAGCCCGACGGUUAACCUUAGGAGGAAUACGAACGGAAAGAAAAAGAAGUAAGAAUAAGAAGAAGCAUGCCGAAUGAAAAAAAAGUAGAGAGAAAAGGAGGUAAAAAUUGAAUACAGCUGCAGCGCCGGCGGUUGGAUGACUUCAUCACUGCUGCACCGAAGGGGGAGUUUCGGAGAAGCCCACGUUCGUCUGACAGACUCUUCUCUUGCCUCGAGUAUUUUCGUACAGAAGGCUUCGACGCCGCCGGAUCUCGGGUACAAGAGUGAAGUUUGACUAUCGCAGUGUGUGAUGAUCACCGCCUCGCGAAUGGCGGGUAUUUGUCAUUAGUGAUUCUCGGUCAAUCGGUAUUACCAUCAUCAUCGAACAUCCGGCAGAUGCAACGGGGAAUUCAGCUGCAGACGGUACUUAAGUAUCAGCAAUGAAGAUAAUGUUGUGAAGGGUCACUUCAUUCAUCCGUCGAUCGCUGCGGUGGGAUGAAAUCAUCGAUGUGAUUGAGUGCAUGUAUAAUGUCUGACCGCAUGUGUGAGUCAUAUUUUACACGUUUUCCUGGUAUUUCAACUGCGUCUAAGCGUAAUUGCAAGACAUGGAGGAAGUGGCUUGAUGGGCUUCGAAGUCUUCAAAAGCGGGCUAAGCUUGGUGCCACAGUCUGUUUAAUUCUAGAGGUGACACCGCGACUUUUCUAGGACGUAAAAAUAUGGGGCUAAAAGUCUUCGUCGUCCACUUUCUGCAAUGGAUUAUCAUCGGCUUUGGAUUCGCUACGGCCAUUAGAUACGAACCGACGGCGACGCCGAGAGGAGCCGAGACAUUAGCGAAUCCGAGUGGCAAUCCUUCCAGCGGAUGUUGCCAGUGCAAAUUCGAUGACACCGCCUACCUCAACUCAGCUUGCGGGAGCAUGGCGUCUUUCAUGAUACUUGUUCAGAGCUUGAUGAUGUCCAGAUGCGACAUAGCCGACCCUUGUCGACGGGCCGGAAGGUCGGAUCUACCGGAUGGCCAAUGGUACGAUUUUAUCAUCGUCGGCGCCGGAGUUGCCGGACCGAUCUUAGCCAGACGAUUGAGCGACUAUCCGUGGUGGAAGGUGCUUCUCAUCGAAGCGGGACCUGAGGAACCGACGAUGACGGCUUUUCCGGGGCUUGCCUUCAACGCGAUCAACUCGUCAUUGGACUGGAAGUUCUUGACGGAACCAACGCAGCCACACCCGACAGCUUGCUUGGAAAGAGGCGGAAUCUGUGCUUGGCCACGAGGCAAGAUGGUGUCGGGCACCGGGGGUCUCUAUGGCAUGAUGUACGUUCGAGGUCACCCCGAAAUCUACAACAAAUGGGCGCGGGAGGGGAACGUCGGUUGGUCGUACAGUGAGAUCGAGCACUACUUCGAGCGGGCGGAGGCGCCGGCAAAUCCGAAUAUGGUGCGGAGCGAGCCGUUCGCGCGAACGCGGAGCGGCGGCCCGUUGCAGAUCAACUAUUUUCCACACAAGCCGGACUUCUCCGACGACCUGCUCAACUCGGCAAAGGAGCUGAGGUACCGGAUCGGCUCGCUCCGUGGCUUUAACCAGACGGGUUUCAUGGUAGCCCCGAUGAUGACGAGCGCCGGCCUUCGUGGAACUACUUCGCGGUACUAUUUGCGGCCCGUCUCGCAGCGGCCCAAUUUGGACGUGUUGAUAAACGCUCACGUGACACGAAUCCUCGUGGAGAAGUGGUCCGCGAGGGCGUACGGGGUCGAGUACAUCGACAAGAACGGGGUACGGCGAGUCAUGAAGACUAACAAAGAGGUGAUUCUGACCGCCGGGGCUAUCGGAUCACCGCAGAUUCUGAUGACGUCAGGAAUCGGACCCAAGGAGCACCUCACUAAGCUCGGAAUAAAGUCUGUAAAGGAUCUGCCGGUAGGAGAAAACCUCCACAAUCAUGUCUCCAUCGGCAUAAAGAUGAGCAUCAAUGACACUCACUACGAAACGCUCACUCUUAGCGCGAUCAAUGAGUUUCUGGCCACCCGGAGCGGGCCUUUAGCUAGCACUGGUCUGACCCAGGUGACAGCGUUUCUAGAAAGCAGCUAUUCGACGGCUGGAGUUCCCGACCUGCAGAUAUUCUUCGACGGUUUUAGUUCAAAGUGCCCUAGGACCGGCCUUCAAACGGAGUGUCCAGAUGGUAGCAUCAACACGUGUCCGGAGCGUCGAGAGAUAGUCGCCAGACCGACGGUCGUCUGUCCACGAAGCAAAGGCUACAUGAAGCUGCGCUCGCCGAACCCGCUGGACCCGCCACUCCUGUACCCCAACUACUUCGUGAACGAAGUCGACGCAAAGAUCCUCGUUGAGGGUAUAAAGAAGGUAGUCGAGCUGAGCAAGACCAAAGCAUUGCGGAAGUGGGACCUCCGCCUGGACACCAAACCCCAUCCAUGGUGUGCCAGGUACUACUUCGGGUCUGAUGCUUACUGGUCUUGUCUCAUCCGCGUUCAGACUGGCCCGGAAAACCAUCAGGCGGGGUCUUGCAGGAUGGGCCCGGUUGGCGAUGCCCGCGCUGUUGUCGAUCCUGAGUUGAGAGUUCACGGCGUUGAAAACAUCCGCGUUGCUGACGCCUCGAUUUUCCCCAUCGUUCCCAACGCCAACCCCGUCGCCGCUAUCAUCAUGGUCGCUGAAAAGGCCUCCGACCUCAUUCGGGCCGCUUGGAUGGUGAAGUGAGAAAUUCUCGUUCGCCGGUACGAGUUUCUUGUCCCACCGCCAAAAUAUGCCGAUCCUCUCAAGAUCUUCGAAAAUUCGGAAAAGAGAGAGAUCUUCUUCGUCUUCUUCUUUUUCUCCUUUGCUCUUUCAUUGGUUAACGGGUUUCUUCGAGAAAGGAAAAGAAGGAUAAUGUACGAUGUAGUGACGGUGAACUGACAUGAUUGUAACGUGCUUUCUAGAAAUAAUAAGGAUUCAAGUUUUGGUUACAAUAUUGUCUAAAAUAAGGUUCUCAAAUGUUAUGAGCUAAGAAGACGAUAUAAUAAAACAAUAACUUUCAUACAUGCAAGUCUGCAUACUUUCAGUCUGCGUAGUCAUUGUGUACUUUCUGAUGUACCAUCGACUGGUAAUCGAUACAUUGUCAGCAGUAAGUUAGAUAGAUCAGGUUCUCUGGCAGACUCCAACUCGUGUGACCAUCGACAUUAACACUUCACUUCGUGAAAUCGAUACUCUGAUCAACGUGUAAAGAGAGUAAAAAUAAAACCAGUAGCACUGAGCAGCAUUCAAGAAAGAUAAAUAUACGUAAAGAAUUCGAUUCUUUCGUCGGUUCCAAUCGAACGGUUCAAUAGAACUUUGAUAAUACUUCAAUCGAAUGGCACUAUGUUAUAAUUAAUAACGUAGAUCAAUAAUUGUAUAUAUAUAUACGCACGCAUCUGUGAUAAUUUCUUCAGGAAACUGAUCGACUCGUAGAACAAACUUCUGACGACGCACUUGUGGUUAAUAUCGAAGCAAAAAAUCUGCGGGUUGUAAUACCAGUUUGCACAGGUUUUACCGAUGAUCGAAGUGGGGUAAUAUUCAGACGCCUGCUUCCUCGAGCAUUCGUUACAUAAACUCCUUGGCAGUGCGCGGCAGAGCUUAUCUACAACUCAGAGUGAACAGGUCAGUAUUUCGCCCUUUUAUUAUCAACCUUGAGAAGCCUUUCACGGUGUUUACUUCUGAAUUAUGCAGAUUGUAUUCCAAGCUCUACAAAAGACACAAUGAGAAUAGAUUGUAUGGUUUAAAUAAUUUUUUAAUCCAUUAAACUGUUCACGUGACAUCGAAAACACAAUUCACAGUAUAUGGCAGCUUCCGGAAAAAGACUGCUUGUACAACGGGACAAGAUUCAGGUUAAUUUUAUCGCAAACCGUGGAGACAAACGUCCAUUUUCU